UACCCAAAAGCCGUGCCAAGGGUCUGACAAGUGAUCGACAGCCGCUGCCUCAGUGCUUCUUUGUUUCGUCUUGGACAGACUUAUGUACUUGGCAUACCUACCCUGCCCCCCACGAUGGCAGACAUCCAUCUUUAGACAUUCAGACGCACUGUAGCGUCUCUUGUACCACGAUGAGCCCUCACUUGUUCAGAAAUCUCGUUCUUGGAUGCUUGUCGUCCCGUCGAUUAUCCGUUAUUGCUCUGAUAGUGUUCAUCUGGUUGCUUCAUAGUCAGCUCCUGGGUUCUUCUAUUAAUCAGCACAAUCCCCACGCGGACAAAAAGCCGGCAAAGCAUCGAGUUGAAGAUGCACCUAGAUUUCUCUAUCAUUCUUCUUCCGGGGUGGACCUCGAUGUGGAGUAUGAGAGAUAUCUAUCAGACGCCCUCAAGGAGAUCGAGCAAGCCGCCGGAGGGCAGGAUGUGGCGGAAGAAAGAAUCUGGCAGAUCACCAAGGACGAAAAGCACAGGGGAUCGGAGUCGGCCUUAUUUGAGGAAAAGAACAGCGAUUGGGAAUACACGUUAAUGACCGACGAGAAAGCCGCUGCGUUUGUCAUUGAUGAGUUGUCCACUGUACCGGAAAUUGCGACGGUAUAUGAGUCCUAUCCUUAUGAUGUCCUCCGAGCGGAUCUUCUCCGAUACCUUCUCCUCUGGUACUACGGAGGCUUCUAUGCCGAUAUGGACGUCUUCCCUGCUCGCCCGAUAAGAGAGUGUUCAGCUCUCCAGCGGCUAUUUCCACCACAGGGCGACUAUCCCGCCAAUGUGUCCCUCGUAGUAGGGAUUGAGCUUGAUGAGCCCUAUGCCUCAUCCAGUCGUAUGCGUGAGUGGCACUGGACUAGAACCUAUGGAUUGAUUCAGUACACGAUGUAUGCGCCCCGACGGUUUAGUCCGCUACUCCGCCAGAUUAUCGUCCGGGCUUUAGCACAUACCAGACAAUACCAAAGACAUCACAAUAGCCUCUUUGGAUAUCGUCAGGAGGAUAUCCUAAGACUGACAGGCCCAGAUGUUUUCACGGAUACGAUUCUGGAUAUGCUGUCAUCAUCUCUCCCGCCCACACAUCCGCUCAUUCAACGAUCUGUGGACGCAGAUGAAACUAUAGGUGAUCUGAACACGGAGCAGAAACGUGUAACAUGGGCUCCAUUUCAUGGCCUCCGCGAGACCGUGUGCAUUGAGGCCAGCGAAGCUAUUCCGGAGGCAUCCAUGGGAGGAAUUUGUGUGCUGCCAGUUAGUGUCUGGGGGAACGGACAGAGGCAUAGUCAAGCGGAAGGGUUCAAUAGUCCACAGGCUUGUAUCAACCAUCUUUUCAAAGGCUCUUGGAAAAAGGGUUGGAAGAAUUAUAUAUUUGGGUGAAGGAUCAAUGAUUAAACUAGACGGUUGCGCUUGUCUCAGGUUAUUGGACAUGGUUAAUUACCUGUAUGUAUAAGGUCGGCCUUUGCCCUGGGUAAAACCAGUGUCAGUACUUGCUCAAGGCCUCAGUUGUCUCCUGAGUCUCCCGAGGGCAAUACCCACAGUCAAUCUCUGUAACAACUCAAAGGCCACGAUCAAGCUCAGAUGUUGUUGCCAGAAUUCAGAUAUCCUGUAGCAAUAUACGGUAUCGCUACUUUAGAUCUGACCGAGGAAGGU